AUUUCCUGCAUAUCAUAAUCGUAACUGUCCAGCACCCGGAACUAACUUCAGCUCUAGUCUCCCCAUAGCAUCGAUGUUUACUCGCUGCUGACUCAGAUCGGAUCCAUAGAAUACCAACAGGUUGGCAUCUGACCGUCCGCACUCUGAUCACCGUGUCUAAACGAGCCAUACAGGUUCUGAAUUGCUGUUCUCUGGAAUUUGGAAAUGGACAGCGUCUUGCCAUCAACGAUGUCUUCCAAACCGGACAGGCGGUUGAAAUUGAAGUCGAACCAAACCUCUAAACCGUCUCUUAUCAUGGCACUAAUAUCUUGCUUCGCCUGGCUCUAUGUUGCCGGACGGUUGUGGCAAGACGCAGAGAAUAGAACGUUAUUGACUAAUUUAUUGAAAAAGAACUCAGAGCAGAGACCAAAAGUGCUGACUGUUGAAGACAAGCUAAUGGUUUUAGGAUGCAAAGAUUUGGAGAGGAGGAUAGUUGAAAUUGAAAUGGAACUGACUUUAGCUAAGAGUCAAGGUUACCUUAGGAACCAGUUGUCGAAAAGUGGUUCCUCUUCAAGCAGUAAACUUCUUGCUGUUAUUGGCGUGUACACUGGUUUUGGAAGUCGAUUGAGACGAAGUGUGUUCAGAGCAUCCUGGAUGCCAAACGGUGAUGCUUUGGCGAAACUUGAGGAAAGAGGUGUCGUCAUAAGAUUUGUAGUUGGUCGAAGUCCUAAUAGAGGUGAUAGCCUAGACCGUAAUAUUGAUGAAGAAAAUCAGAUGUCAAAGGAUUUCUUGGUUCUUGAAGGACAUGAAGAGGCUCAAGAGGAGUUACCCAAGAAAGCUAAAUUUUUCUUCAGUACAGCAGUUCAGAAUUGGGAUGCCGAGUUUUACGUAAAAGUUGAUGACAACAUUGAUCUCGAUCUGGAUGGGCUGAUUGAACUUCUUAAGAGCCGCCGUGAUCAAGGCAGUUCUUAUAUUGGAUGCAUGAAGUCCGGUGAAGUUGUUUCUGAAGAGGGGAAAGCGUGGUAUGAGCCAGAAUGGUGGAAAUUUGGUGAUGAAAAAACGUACUUCCGCCAUGCAUCUGGUUCACUUUUCAUUCUCACAAAAGAUAUGGCUCAGUAUAUCAACAUUAACAGUGCAUCACUGAAGGCUUAUGCUCACGAUGAUAUAUCAGUGGGGUCAUGGAUGAUGGGCCUUCAAACAACAUAUAUUGAUGAUAGUCGCCUAUGCUGUAGCUCUCCAACACAAGAUAAGGUAUGCUCCAUGGCUUAAUAACGCAAAGCAGAUGUGCUGCAAUGACAGGGCGCUGUGACACUGCACAAUUCUUUCCCUAUUUGUUACGUACUCUUAGUAAAUGGUACAUUUAUAUAUUGUAGAAAAUAUGCAUCAUAUAACCCUUCAAUUACAUCCAAGAUAAUUUUUAUUUCAUCGUUAUAAUUAUGACAUUCCAAGAAGCUUUUGGUAGUCUUAUACUCAACUCAAAACC